AUAAUUUUUUUAUAUUAAUGAUACCGAUACCGGUAUCACCACUGGAAACAAAUUUAUUAUCAGUAUCAUAAAAAAUCUCAAACAAUAAACAAACAUUAAAAUUAAUAAUAAAAAAAUGUUAAUGAUACUCAUAGAGUAUCAACUAUGUGCAUGCUCUAAAGAGAGUAAUGAAAAGCUCAAAAGCCUUGCCACAUCAGUCGCAAUUUGCCACGUCGAACCUUCUAACUGAAACAAAAGUUCUCGUUCACUCUUAAAAUCAAUCGCAAAGCAAUUUACUAAAGUGCCCCUUUCUCCUUCACUUCUCAGUGCUUAUUGAUCUGACUCUCUGUUUCCACAUCCUCUCUUGCUCGCUCUCACUCUCUCCCUCUCUUCUCAUUUUCCCAGAGAACGACGGAAAACCCAAAUUUUCCUUUGCUUUCUUCACCCGAUUGAUUCAGAGCAUUACGUAUCAUUCUUGCCCAACAGUUACUGCUCUGUCUCCGGCGAUUUCUCGGAAAAAGUGACUAAAGAUCGAUUUUUUCAGCUGUUUCUACGCUCAUCGUUCUUGGGUAAUGAGCGUAAUCCUCUUCUACAAUCAUCUCUGCUUCCAAAAAGCUUCGUUCUAAUGGAAGAACAUCAAGAAUUUGAGAAACCCAUCUUCGAAUUCCACCCUAAGAAGCUCAGAAACUCUCGAGUUUCGAGAAAUCUCACGAAGAAGACUGGUUUCAGAGAAUCUAUGAAUCAUUACAAAGAGCUCUCUUGCAACUACGGAUUGAGGGAAAACCCGAAGAAAACCCAGAAAUCUUUACUCGAUCAUCGAUUGUGUACGAGGAGGAGGAAUAAGAAGAGCUUGAUUCGAUGCAAAGAAUGCGGGAAAGGGUUUCUUUACGAGAAAUGUCUGUUGAAUCAUCGCCAAGUGACGCAUUCUGAAGAAUCUAUGAGAAAGAGUCUAUUUUGUAGCUUCAGUGUUGUGCAGAGGAGAAAGAGAUCGAAGAGAGUUUCCAGGUACAAGAAGAUUCUUUCUCGAUUCUCUGUUUCUUCUUCUUCGUGUACAAUGUUUCCUGUUUCUGUUGAUGAUGGAGGAUUAUUAGAAGUCGCUGAGUCUCUGAUUCUGUUGUCUAUGAGUGGUGGAAAGUUCUUGAAUGCUUUGGAACUUAGUGGUAGAGCUCUGGAUUCGAAUCCGAGAGAAUUUGAACAUGUGCUAUUGAGAAAUGAGCUGAAACAUUUUGGUGAAGCUCUGGAUUCGAAUUCAGUGGUGAAUUUGAGAAAAGAUGGAGACUUUGAAGAUGGGUUUUUGAGUAAUGAGCAGAAGAAACCUGUGGGGAUUAGUAGAGCAUCUGUUGGAACGUCGAAAGAGCUUUCGGGUUACUUGGCAGACAAGAAGGCCAGAGAAGAAGACGAAUCUGGUCAGCAGAAACUGGUAGAAGCAGGAAUUCUUAGAGAAGAAACCGAUAACGAACACAAACUUGUUUGUCAAGAAACUGCAUUUGAAGAUUCAAUAUCAGGAUUUGAGAUGAAUAUUGAGCAUCGGUGUGGGCUCUGUGACAAGGUUUUCUCGACUUAUCAAGCUCUUGGUGGUCAUCAGACGUUCCAUAGAAUGAGAAACAAGUCCAAAAGUCAACCAAGAGAUGCAGAGAAGAAUCAGUAGAAGCUGGAGCUGGGAUUAAUAAUGGGUCAGUGACGCUGACGCAUAAGUGCAGAGUUUGCUCAAGGCUGUUUAGGUCAGUACGGGCUUUGACGAAAUUUUGUGUUGAAAAUCGUUGUUGUCUUGUUACCCGUCAUGUUUGUAUUUCGUACGUAGAGAAUUUGAAGAUGUGUUUUACUCUUUAUCUCAAAAAACCAUCUUCAAAAACAGGUCCAUUGCUUGU